AUGGUAGAACAAGCACCAGUGCCUGCAGAGCUCGUACUACAUUCCGAACCUAGCGUCGGAACUCGACCCUAUCUUACAUACUGCUGGUGUCUCGUACGAGAAGUUCUUUUAAACGGGACGAGGAACAUUAGGAUCGAGGCAGGAGGAUAUCUAGAGGUUUACAGUACAUCCGUUAGGCAGGGGGUUUCAGGGCCUAUCGUCGAUGAUGAGAAGACGCGUGCAUGCUUGUGUCACCAUUCUAUUUUUUGA